UCUCUUUAUCUCUCUUUCUGUCUGUAAACACUUCACGUAUAAAAGAUUAGUUUUUAAAUUGAACUUUAUCGGUGUGGUUGAGACAGACAAAGACAGAUUGAUAUCUCGUUUCUCCUCACUAUCUUCUGUCUCUACUUCAACUUCUCUACUUCCUCCACCCACCUGCCUCCCUCUCUCUCUCUCUCUCUCUUUCUUUCUCUUUCUCUCUCUCUCUCUCUCUCUCUUUCUGUGUCUUUGACGCUCAGCUUUUGCAAAGUUUCCCACCUGAGCGGCAUCACAUGAAACUGAUCGGGGAGAUAUCAACGCUGACCUUAAAGAUUUGAGCUGAAGGACAGAAAAGAAGAACAUGAAGAGGAGCUGAAGAAGAAGAAGAAGAAGAAGAAGAAGAAGAAGAAGAAGAAGAAGAAGAAGAAGAAGAGACGUAAACACAAGUCCAUCAUGAUUCAAUCAAAUCAAUCCGUCCACUCAGUCUUCUGCUGCUGCUGUGCCAUGCAGACCAGGGAGAUCAGCACUCGCAUGGAGCUGGAGGGAAGCACCUCUCUGUGUUUCCGGAGCAGACGAUACCCAGGGCAUGCCUGUCGGGUCGACAGGUCGAGGAGGAAGCUCCCCCUCCCGCCUCCCGAUGACGAGGACGGUGAAGGUCACGGGUUGUUAAGUGUGGUUGCCAUGUACGACUUCACCGCCAAGGAGGACACGGACCUCACACUGAAACAGGGAGAAGAGUACAUCAUCCUCCACAAACAGGACCAGUUGUGGUGGAGAGCGCAGGACAAACACGGGAAUAAAGGAUUCAUCCCGAGCAACUACGUGACGGAGAAAAACAGAAUCGAGGCAAACUCGUGGUACUGCAAGAACAUCACCAGGACAGAAGCUGAGCAGCUGCUGAGACAGGAGGACAAAGAGGGUGGUUUUGUGGUGCGAGAGUCCAGUCAGAAGGGAGUCUACAUCGUCUCCCUCUAUACCAAAACAUCAGGUGCUAACGGGGAUAUCCGGCAUUACCAGAUCAAAAUAAGUGACACGGGACAGUUCUACUUGGCUGAAAAACACACCUUUAACUCCAUACCUGAUGUCAUACACUACCACGAACACAACGCAGCAGGUCUGGUGACCAGGUUGCGGUAUGCAGUGGGUCCUAUGGGAAGGUGUGUUCCCGCCACAUCAGGAUUCAGCUCAGAGAAGUGGGAGAUCAACCCCACUGAGCUGACCUUCAUGAAGGAGCUGGGCAGCGGUCAGUUCGGUGUGGUGAGGCUCGGCAAGUGGAGGGCUCAGCACAGAGUCGCCAUCAAGGCCAUCCGAGAGGGAGCCAUGUACGAGGAGGACUUCAUCGAGGAGGCUAAAGUCAUGAUGAGGCUGUGUCACCCUAAACUGGUGCAGCUGUACGGUGUUUGCCUGCAGCAGCGUCCUCUACUCAUCGUGGCCGAGUUCAUGGAGAACGGCUGCCUGCUGAACUUCCUGCGGCAGAAGAGCCGGACCCUGAACGAGGCGUGGCUUCUGUCCAUGUGCCAGGACGUCUGUGAGGGCAUGGAGUACCUGGAGGCUCAGAGUUUCAUCCACAGAGACCUGGCAGCCAGGAACUGUCUGGUUAAUGAGCACAAUGUUGUGAAGGUCUGCGACUUUGGAAUGACCAGGUACGUUCUAGACAACCAGUACACCAGUUCAAGUGGUGCAAAGUUCCCAGUGAAGUGGUCUCCUCCGGAAGUUCUCCACUUCAGUAAAUACAGCAGCAAGUCUGACGUCUGGUCCUACGGUGUGGUGAUGUGGGAGAUCUACUCGGAGGGUCGGACUCCCUUUGAAAACUGCUCCAACCUGGAUGUGGUUAACGAAAUCACCAGAGGAGUCCGGCUGUACCGACCGCACCGAGCCUCGCAGCCGCUGUUCGCCAUCAUGUACCGCUGCUGGCACGAGAAGCCUCUGGGUCGGCCAUCUUUCUCAGAGCUACUGGAGGAAAUCAGAAAACUGGCAGAAAAUCCGGAUUAACAAACACAAAUAUUAUUGUUAUCAUGAAUGUAAAGAUUGUUUGUUGUCAUUGUAAAUAACUAUUUUUUUCACUAAAGUUUUUCAGAUAACUUUUUUACAUGUUUUAUUUUUUAACUUUAAACUUUUUAUAAAAUACAUGUAAAACUAUAAAAUCAGAAAAUAUAAGUGAAUCAUAAGCUUUAUAGACAUAUGAUGAUCAUAUCACAUUUACUGUACUUAUAGCUUUACCUCUGUGAAAUAAAAAAUGCACAUUUGAAGCUCUCAUUCAAACACAGUAAUGGACUGUUUAUUAUACUAUCCGUUAAAGGUACUUUUGAGUACUUUAAGGCCAUUAAAAAAAUACAUAUGUUGGAAAACUUUCUAUUAAAUAAA